AAUGAUAAGAUAGAGAAGGACUCAACAAUAAUAACCCAUUGGCCGUCUAUAACGACCACCACUACCGGCGCCUCUAUCAUUAAUACAAGUAGGAAUCGAAGUAUUGGAGCCAGAUUCAUUUGUGAAUUACAGGGAAUUAAUGGAUUUACACAUGGAAUCGAUGGAAAGUCUUCAUCUGAUAAAAGCGGGCGUUUUCUCUCCUUUGGGUCGUUUGAGAUCCGUUUUCACAAAAUGAUACACAAUGGGAACGGAAACCAUGGCAUAGAUGCCAGCGAUAGACAUGUAGCCGCGCCGGCACUGAAGACAUUACCGGAGGGCGUGUUUCUGGGCUCAGGAUUCAAGAAAUUGCAGACAAUACGUAUAAUGCAUACGGGGCUGGAGAUGAUGGCAUUGGAUCACAUGGAAAGCGAUGCUAUCUUACAGAUUGUCGAUUUGGAUAACAAUCGGAUCCGUAAUCUGAUUCCAAACUCCAUUAAAGUGAGGGCAUCUUUGAUUAUUGUAACUAUACAGAUGUCUAUAUACAGUAGUUACACUGCGUCUAAAGUGGGGACCAGUGGUUGGAUUGGUGUUAAACCAUCAUGCGAUAUGAAUAUGGACUACAAUGCGAUUGAAUGCGUUUACAACGAGGCGUUUAACGGCUCACAAAUCGCCAAAUUGUACGAGUCUUAAGGGGAAUAAACAUUUGGUUCAUUUACAAGAGAGAGCUUUCGUUGGACUCAAAGAAUUGCGAGAAUUGUAAGUAAGAAUAUUCUGACACAAAAUACAC